AUGCUUUUGAAGUAAAACUCCGACAUUUAGGAACCUCUAUUACAAGGUUAAUUCAACAAUUAAGUCCAAGUUUAAACAAAGAAAAAACAACUUUUACCAUAAGAAUAUCAAUGGAUAUUGGACAAGUACAAUGAGAUAGAUUAUUCUAAGGCUUAAAAUAGAAUUUAUAGUAUUCCAUUAAAGCUAGAAAAAACUAAAAGGGAAUUUUCAUCUAGAUAACUCUUAAUCAUACAUCAAAGAAACUUGCUUUUGGAAGAAUAUUAAUAUCAAGACGAAAAUAAUAAGGAAAUAAGAUCUAUUGACAUUUAUGACCUUAUCACUUUAUAGACGAUUAAAACUAUUGAGUUAAAAAAUUUUAACGAAGAUGCUAGAAUCAUUCACAGAUUUUUCAAUGAUAUCGAUUACAUAUUUUACCAAGAAAAUUAUACUGUAUUCUUUGUAAAACUUGAUGAUUUAAUCGAGUAAAAUCAAGAUAAGCAUUUAAUUGUAUUCAAAUUUGAUACUUAAGGCUUUAUCUAGAACGUUAACAUUAUUGAUGAAUUCAAUGUCAUGAUUUCUUAUGGCAAUUAUGGAGAAACUAAUACAUUUUUAUUUCAACUUGAAGACUAAUUAAUAACAAAAUUAAAUUAAGAUAUUAAAAUUAAAUUUGAAAUAAAAUGUAUUACGCAAGACUAAUACAACGAAUAAAUAGGAGAUGACUUUCGUAAAUUAAAGAAAAACACUAAGAAUAGUUUAGUAAUUUUAUAAACACUAUUAUGGCAUUAAGUAUUUGGACUUGUAUGA